AAAAAGUGCUUGUGCAAGCAGAACUGAGAAAGUUCAUAGAUCCCUGGUGCAGAAUGUCCCGUUAGUGAGAAAGAGGAGAAAAGUCUUUCCAGAGGACCAGACCGAGCUGACCAGCGCCCGCCGCACCGCAGAUCCCGUUUACCUGAGAAGAAAACAUGGAAUUUCCGACGAUAUUAAAGUGUCGUCGGGUUUUUCUCAAAGUGUUUUUGUUUCAGUUCAUCGUCUUUGAAGCAACUUAUGCUGCUCCUUCGCCUAUCAUCAGGUUUCCUGGAGACGACACAACUCCCAAAACAGACAAAGAAGUUGCUCUGCACUAUCUGAAUAAGUUCUAUGGAUGUCCGCAAGACAGAUGUAACCUCAUGGUGCUCAAAGACACGCUGAAAAAAAUGCAGAAGUUCUUUAAUCUGCAAGAAACUGGGGAGAUUGAUGCCAAAACUGUGGACAUCAUGAAAAAGCCCCGUUGUGGCGUCCCAGAUGUGGCCAACUACAACUUCUUCCACAGAAAGCCCAAGUGGCAGAAGAAGGACGUCACCUACAGAAUCCUGGGCUACACCAUGGACCUGGACGAGGAGGUCAUCAACGAUGCCUUCUUCAGAGCCUUCAAAGUGUGGAGCGAUGUCACUCCGCUCACAUUCACCCGACUCAUGGACGGAGAGGCGGACAUCAUGAUUAAUUUUGGACGCAACGAGCACGGAGACGGUUAUCCCUUUGACGGCAAAGACGGCCUCUUGGCUCACGCCUUCGCUCCGGGGGCAGGAAUCGGAGGAGACUCCCACUUUGAUGAUGAUGAGCAGUGGACACUGGGAGAGGGCCAAGUGGUGAAGGUUAAGUUUGGCAACGCCGACGGAGAGUUCUGCAAAUUCCCCUUCCUGUUCCAGGGCACCGAAUACAACAGCUGUACAUCUCAGGGUCGUGACGACGGCUUCCUGUGGUGCUCCACCACUUACAACUUUGAUGAUGAUGGCAAAUAUGGAUUCUGUCCUCAUGAAUUGUUAUUCACCAUGGGUGGAAAUGCAGAUGGCGCUCCCUGCAAGUUUCCUUUCACAUUCCAGGGCGACAAGUACGACUCCUGCACCACUCAGGGCAGGGACGAUGGUUACCGCUGGUGUGCCACUACUGAGGACUACGACCGGGACAAGACCUACGGGUUCUGCCCUGAAACUGCCAUGUCCACAGUUGGAGGAAAUGCAAACGGAGAUCCCUGUGUUUUCCCCUUCACUUUCCUGAGUGACACCUACGACUCCUGCACUGCAUCUGGGCGCAGUGAUGGCAAGAUGUGGUGUGCCACCACUAAAAGCUACGACGACGAUCGUAAAUGGGGUUUUUGUCCCGACCAAGGCUACAGUUUGUUUCUGGUGGCAGCCCAUGAGUUUGGUCAUGCCCUUGGUUUGGAACACUCCCAGGACCCUGGAGCAUUGAUGGCCCCCGUUUACACUUUCACCAAAGACUUCAGACUCUCUCAUGAUGACAUUCAGGGCAUCCAGGAACUGUACGGCGUGUCGACAGACAAGCCUAUGCCCCCAACUCAAGGUCCUGUUACCCCAAUGGACAUCUGUCGUGAGCCGGUGGUCUUUGAUGCCGUAGCUCAAAUCAGAGGAGAGACGUUCUUCUUUAAGGACAGGUUCCUGUUCCGGUCAGUCAACUUCAGAAGCAAACCCAAUGGUCCCAUGCUGGUGGCCACCUACUGGCCUGACCUCCCCAGCAAGAUAGAUGCUGCUUAUGAAAACCCACUGGAGGAAAACUCUGUCUUCUUCGCAGGCAAUGAGGUAUGGGUCUACAAAGCGGAUCAGCUGGAGAAAGGUUACCCCAAAAAGCUCUCCAGCCUCGGCCUCCCCUCAGACCUGGAGCAAAUCGAUGCAGCCUUCAGCUUCAGAAAGAACAGAAAGACUUAUCUUUUUGCCGGAGAAAAUUUCUGGAGAUAUGAUGAAGAGAGAGGUGCAGUGGACCCAGGCUUCCCCAGACUUAUUGCUGAAUCCUGGAAUGACAUCCCAGAUGGACUGGAUGCAGCCUUCAGUCUUAAUGGCAUUGAUUACAGCUACUUCUUCAAAGGCAACCACUAUUUCAAACUGGAAGACAGCAGCUUGAAGAUCGUCAAACUGGGUGAAAUCACAAAGGACUGGCUGGGCUGUUCAUCAUUUUGAAAGACUUCACCACGUCUAAAUAUCUGAAAGGAAGUUGGGCCUCAGAAAGACAUUGGCAUUAGAGUGUGCACAACAUGGGGUUGCUGCAGUGCACUCAGUCAUAAGUUGUUUUUUUUUUCUGGCAACAAUGCCCCCCCCGAGGGGGUGUGUCCCUUUUCAGCCUGAAUAACCAGCCCUCAGCUUUGUACAGAGGUACUUUAAGACCUUCUGCAAAUGCUGAACAUAGGCAACUUGAUGUUUGCUUCAUAAAUGUGUUAUUGUGACGUUUGAUUUUUAAUGCUGUUGCAGAUUUAUUAAUGAACGUGUAACCCCCCAUGUUUUAUUGUUUUAGUUUUUUGUGUUUUUUUUGCCUUUUUCACUCAGACAUCAGGUAUGUCCACGCUGCACCAGAAGCAGUGCUAUACUUUGCUGUGAUGUUUUUGUUGCAUAAAAAUAAAAAUUUUAAUUUUAAUUUUUUUUAAAUCACAUGAGGAUAUUUCAAGGUAAGUGUACAAGAUUUUUGUAAAUGUAUCAUUUUUAACUAAUUUCUCUCAUUGUUGCGCAAAACAUUUGAAAAAAUGAAUUUGCACAAUAUGUAUGACCGAAAAUGGUGCUUUAGAGUUUGCUUUCGCGUAAAGUCCGAAAUAUAUACACAUAUACACAACUUAUAUUCCGUGUAUGUCUAUGUCUGAUGGGACUGUUCAGUAUUGUCUGAAUGUCAGAAAGUAGUAUUGCAGGCACACGAUAUUUCUAUUUUUGUUUAGCACUUUUAAUGGGACUCUACAAGGAAACAGAACAAAAUGGAGACCUGAUUAUAGUCAUGACUUUUCCAUGUAUUUUAGUUCCUUCACUAAUGGUACAGGGAGGUUUAAGGCACAGGUUGCCUUCAGUGGCUCUAUAGGUUUGCUGCUUGAUGGAAUCAUGACAAGAAUACCGCAGUAGUAUUGUUUAAUAAUCUUUUUUUUAUUCCUGGGUGUUGGCACUACAGUAAUUGUGUUUUGUGUUGUUUGUAAUGCUUGUGCACUUUGUUAUUGUCAUCAAUAAAGAUGAAAGGUGGCCAAAAA